AUGGCUUCGGAGACAACCCCUCACAACCCUGCUUCAACAUCUGCUGCUGAAACUACAGCACAAGUAAUUACAGCAUCUUCAGAGACAACCCCUGCUUCAACAUCUGCUGCUGAAACUACAGCUCAAGUAACUACAACAUCUUCAGAGACAACACCUUCUUCAACAUCUGCUGUUGUAACUGCAGCACAAGUAACUACAGCAUCUUCAGAGACAAAAUCUGCUUCAACAUCUGCUGCUGUAACUACAGCACAAGUAACUACAGCAUCUUCAGGGAUAACCCCUGUUUCAACAUCUACUGCUGAAACUACAACACAAGGAACUACGGCAUCUUCAGAGACAACCUCUGCUUCAACAUCUGCUGCUAAAACUACAGUACAAGUAACUACACCAUCUUCAGAGACAACCUCUGCUUCAACAUCUGCUGCUGAAACUACAGCACAAGAAACUACAGCAUCUUCAGAGACAACCUCUGCUUCAACAUCUGCCGCUGAAUCUACAGCACAAAUAUCUACAGCAUCUUCAGGGAUAACCUCUGCUUCAACAUCUGCUGCUGAAACUACAGCACAAGUAACUACACCAUCUUCAGAGACAACCUCGGCUUCAACCUCUGCUGCUAAAACUACAACACAAGAAACUACGGCAUCUUCAGAGACAACGCCUGCUUCAACAUCUGCUGCUGAAACUACAGGACAAGUAACUACAGCAUCUUCAGAGACAACCUCUGCUUCAACAUCUGCUGCUGAAACCACAGGUCAAGUAACUACAGCAUCUUCAGAGACAACCUCUGCUUCAACAUCUGCUGCUGAAACUACAGUUCAAGAAACUACAGCAUCUUCAGGGACAACCUCUGCUUCAACAUCUGCUGCUGAAACUACAGCACAAGUAACUACAGUAUCUUCAGAGACAACCCCUGCUUUAACAUCUGCUGCUGAAACUACAACACAAGGAACUACGGCAUCUUCAGAUACAAUAUCUGCUUCAACAUCUGCUGCUGAAACUACAGGACAUGUAACUACACCAUCUUCAGAGACAACGCCUGCUUCAACAUCUGCUUCAACAUCUGCUGCUGAAAGUACAACACAAGGAACUACAGCAUCUUCAGAGACAAUAUCUGCUUCAACACCUGCUGCUGUAACUACAGUACAAGUAACUACAGCAUCUUCAGAGACAACCUCUGCUUCAACCUCUGCUUCAAAAUCUGCUGCUACAACUACAGCACAAGUAACUACACCAUCUUCAGAGACAACCUCUGCUUCAACCUCUGCUUCAACAUCUGCUGCUGAAACUACAGCACAAGUAACUACACCAUCUUCAGAGACAACCUCUGCUUCAACAUCUGCUGCAGAAACUACAGCACAAGUAACUACAGCAUCUUCAGAGACAACCCCUGCUUCAACAUCUGCUGCUGAAACUACAGCACAAGUAACUACAGUAUCUUUAGAGACAACCCCUGUUUCAACAUCUACUGCUGAAACUACAGCACAAGUAACUACAGCAUCUUCAGAGACAACCUCUGCUUCAACAUCUGCUGCUAAAACUACAGUACAAGUAACUACACCGUCUUCAGAGACAACCUCUGCUUCAACAUCUGCUGCUGAAACUACAGCACAAGUAACUACAGCAUCUUCAGAGACAACCUCUGCUUCAACAUCUGCUGCUAAAACUACAGUACAAGUAACUACACCGUCUUCAGAGACAACCCCUGCUUCAACAUCUGCUGCUGAAACUACAGCACAAAUAACUACAGCAUCUACAGAGACAACCUCUGCUUCAACAUCUGCUGCAGAAACUACAGCACAAGUAACUACACCAUCUUCAGAGACAACCUCUGCUUCAACAUCUGCUGCUAAAACUACAGUACAAGUAACUACACCGUCUUCAGAGACAACCCCUGCUUCAACAUCUGCUGCUGAAACUACAGCACAAAUAACUACAGCAUCUACAGAAACCCCUGCUUCAACAUCUGCUGCUGUAACGACAGCACAAGUGACUACAGCAACUUCAGAGACAACCCCUGCUUCAACAUCUACUGCUGAAGCUACAGCACAAGUAACUACAGUAUCUUCAGAGACAACAUCUGCUUCAACAUCUCCUGCUGUGACUACAGCACAAGUAACUACAGCAUCUUCAGAGACAUCCCCUGCGCCAGCUUCUGCUUCUGAAACUACGGCACAAGUAACUACAGCAGCUUCAGAGAUAACCCCUGCUUCAACAUCUGCUGCUGAAACUACAGCACAAGUAACUACAGUAUCUUCAGAGAUAACAUCUGCUUCAACAUCUGCUGCUGUAACUUCAGCACAAGUAACUACAGCAUCUUCAGAGACAACCUCUGCUUCAACAUCUCCUGUUGUAACUACAGCAAAAGUAACUACAGCAUCUUCAAAGACAACCCCUGCUUCAACAUCUGCUGCUGAAGCUACAGCACAACUAACUACAGCAUCUUCAGAGACAACAUCUGCUUCAACAUCUGCUGCUGUAACUACAGAUCAAGUAACUACAGCAUCUUCAGAGACAACCUAUGCUUCAACAUCUGCUGCUGAAACUACAGCUCAAGUAACUACAGCAUCUUCAGAGACAACCUCUGCUUCAACAUCUGCUGCUGUAACUACAGCUCAAGUAACUACAGCAUCUUCAGAGACAUCCCCUGUGCCAGCUUCUGCUUCUGAAACUACAGCACAAGUAACUACAGCAGCUUCAGAGAUAACCCCUGCUUCAACAUCUGCUGCUGAAACUACAGAAAAAGUAACUACAGUAUCUUCAGAGACAACCUCUGCUUCAACAUCUGCUGCUGUAACUACAGCUCAAGUAACUACAGCAUCUUCAGAGACAUCCCCUGCGCCAGCUUCUGCUUCUGAAACUACAGCACAAGUAACUACAGCAGCUUCAGAGAUAACCCCUGCUUCAACAUCUGCUGCUGUAACGACAGCACAAGUAACUACAGCAUCUUCAGAGACAACCCCUGUUUCAACAUCUGCUGCUUUAAAUACUGCACAAGUAACUACAGCAUCUUCAGACACAUUUAACUACAGCAUCUUCAGAUACAACACCUUCUUCAACAUCUGCUGCUGA